UUUAAGGUAAAUGAUCCUUGAGGCUGUGUGUCCUCACUGCGCAUGCGUGACAUCUGCACCGUUAUAAUAAGGGAUAUUAUAGCGGAUCCGCAACAUCACACUGAGAUUAUAAAUUCACAAGGAUGAGGAAAGAUGUGCGGAUUUUACUCGUCGGAGAGCCCAAAGUGGGGAAGACGUCUCUGAUCAUGUCCCUGGUCAGCGAGGAGUUCCCUGACGUGGUUCCCUACAAAGUGGAGGAGAUCACCAUCCCCGCUGACGUCACGCCCGAGAGAGUCCCCACACACAUAGUGGACUACUCAGAAGCUGAGCAGACAGACGAGCAGCUUUAUCAGGAGAUCUCCAAGGCGAACGUCAUAUGCAUCGUUUACGCCGUCAAUAACAGGAAGUCGCUGGAGAAAGUGACGAGUCACUGGAUCCCGCUGAUCAACGAGAGGACGGAUAAAGACAGCAGGGUUCCUCUAAUAUUAGUUGGGAAUAAGUCUGAUCUGGUGGAGCAGAGCAGCAUGGAGGCCGUCCUGCACAUCAUGAACAAAUACACAGAGAUCGAGACCUGUGUCGAGUGUUCAGCGAAGAAACUAAAGAACAUCUCCGAACUGUUCUAUUACGCUCAGAAAGCAGUACUUCAUCCAACAGGCCCGCUUUACUGCCCCGAGCGCAGACAGAUGAAGCCGGCGUGUGUUCGAGCUCUCACCCGUGUGUUUAAAAUUUCCGACUUGGACAAUAAUGGCGUCCUCAGCGACAGCGAGCUAAACUUCUUCCAGAGAGUGUGUUUCAGCUCGCCGCUCGCUCCUCAGGCUCUGGAGGACGUGAAGAAGGUGGUGAAGAAGAGCACACCUGACGGAGUGUGUGAGGACGGACUGACUCUGCAAGGAUUUCUUUUCCUCCACACACUCUUCAUCCAGAGGGGGCGCCACGAGACCACCUGGGCUGUGCUCCGCCAUUUUGGCUACGACGACGACUUGGAGCUACACCAGGACUACCUUUUCCCUUUGUUAAGAGUCCCAGCAGACUGCAGCACUGAGCUCAGCCACGACGCCUCGCUGUUCUUGCAGAGUAUCUUUGAUAAACACGACAAGGACCGGGACGGUGCUCUGAACCCCGGCGAGCUAAAGGAGGUGUUUGAUGUGUUUCCCUACAUGCCCUGGGGUCCGGACGUGAAUAACACUGUGUGUACGAACGAUCAGGGCUGGAUCACAUACCAGGGCUUCAUCUCUCAGUGGACAUUAACGACGUACCUGGACGUGCAGCGGUGCCUGGAGUACCUCGGGUACCUCGGGUACUCCAUUGUAGCGGAGCAGGAGUCUCAGGCCGCCGCCAUCACAGUGACCCGCAGUAAGUGUGUGGACCUGCAGCAGAAACAGACGCAGCGCUGCGUGUUCCUCUGUAACGUAUUCGGCAGCAGGGGGAGUGGAAAGAGCAGCUUCCUGCAGGCCUUCAUCGGUCGCAACCUCAACUGCCAGCAGACGAUCAGAGACGAACACAAGUCUCACUACGCCAUUAACACGGUGCAUGUUUACGGUCAGGAGAAAUACCUGCUGCUGCGUGAAAUCUGCUCAGAUUUGGACUUCGUGUCUGCGUCUGAUCUCAGCUGUGAUGUCGUGUGUCUGCUUUAUGACAUCAGCGACCCCGAGUCGUUCGCCUACUGCGUCUGGGUGUUUAAGCAGUGUCUGGCGGACUCUAAGCUGCCGUGUCUGAUGGUGGCGAUGAAGUCGGACCUGCAGGAGGAGAAGCAGCAGCACGACGUCACGCCUCUGGAGUUCUGCAGAACACACCUGGUCCCUCCUCCGCUGGCGUACAGCGCCAACACGCCGGCCACGCCCACCCGAGAUGUAUUCGGCAAACUCGCUACCGUGGCUACGUACCCGCACCUGCGUCUACGCUGCAUGUGUACCUGUAACAGGUGCACCUUCUGCCUCUGCCAAAAUUUCCUGAACUCUGAGCUCCUCCACGCUGUAAAAGGCAAACUCUACACACUCGUCUUCAGCAGGAUGGCGCCCCCGGUGGUGGACACUGACGGCUCGGCGUUGUUGUUCUGGAAGUUGAGUUGUGGAGCGGCUCUGUUCGCUCUGCUGGGCUUCAGUGUGUACCGAGUCUUGGUUAAACCCCGAUGAUACACACA